GGUGAAUGUUGAUUAUUUUAAAUAUACGCAUUUGCAUAAAUACACUCAGCUAAUAAAUAAAUAAUUCAAGCCCGAAUUUUGUUUUCUAACAAAAGUUUCACUACAUAUUAUGGCAGGGAAUGCACCACGUAGACCAGCCGCGAGGACGAGUUCCCGACUUUUGGAAAACUAUGAAAUCCAUCGACUGCUUGGCAGCGGAUCAUUUGGUGCUGUAUUUGACUGCAUGAAUAAAUUUGAGAAAAAGAAUUAUGCAAUCAAAAUCAUGAAGUUUGACACAGUUUUUACUGAAAGGGAAAUAGCAAAUCUUAUAAAAAUUCCAAAUCAUUCGAAUAUUGUUCAAUAUUUUACAUGUUGGAAGGAUUCAAUGGGGAUUGAGGAUGUCGCAGCAGUUCGGAAACGCUUUGCUGAGGAUGAAGAUUUUGGCUGCGAUAAUUUUGUAAUUCCUCCAGGACAAAUAACUUUUGAUGCCAUUUGCAUCUUAAUGGAACUUUGUGGAGAGGAUCUUCGAACAUGGCUUUCCUCCAGAGAGACAGUGCAGGAAUCCACGUGCAUCAACAUAUUUACACAAAUUUCUAAUGGAGUCGAACAUUUACACAAGAAUGGGCUAAUUCAUCGAGAUCUAAAGCCAGAAAAUAUUUUAUUUUCAAAACAGGACAAGCUGACCGUUAAAAUUGGAGACUUGGGGAUUGCCACAAAUAUAAAUAGGUCAAGAUAUACUACUGGUUUGGGUACACGGACUUAUUUGGCACCUGAACAAGAAGGUAACUCGUAUGGCCCACAGGUUGACAUAUUUGCAUUAGGAAUAAUUUUCCUUGAGCUGUUACACCCCCAAAUGCAACCCAACUCUGAUGAUGAAGAAGGAAAGGCAGGAAACCUUACCAAGGUUGCCAUUGAGCUUAAAUAUCUACACAAAGUUCCGGAAGAAGUGUCCAGGCUUUGGCCUGUUGCUGCAGAUCUCAUUCUUAAAAUGGUGUCGAUUGAUCCAGCACACAGGCCAUCCUUUGAUGAGAUUUAUGAAACAAUUGAAAAAAUCUGCUCAUUUGUCCCACCCGAAAGUGUUCAAUUUGAUGUGCGUGAAUCACCUGAAGUUGAAGUCCAUAAAAAGGACGACAAAAAAAUCCAACUCAACAUUACUUCUUGGAUUGAACGUUUUUCCCUUUCGUUACCCAGCACUCCUAUUGAUGACUCAGAGUGGGAUGAUGAACAGGAUGUUCGUCCAUUAGAAGAACAUGACGAUAAAGUUGAUGCUAUGCAAAUAACGCUGCCAUUACUUCCGAAAAUAAAUAAUAUCAGUACCCCAACCGUUCGCACUGCUAUUUCUAGCCAUCAUUUGGAGUCACUUUUACAAUCGUCAAGUCCACACGAUACGAUUCUACUCUUGGAAUCCACACGUUAUUUUGGCAACUUUGAGAUUUCUUCUGAAAAUUUGACCAUCUCCGGAAACGGAGCAACAAUUUGCGGACUUCCUGUUGGCUUGAAACUGCAAGCAAACCAGUGCAUAGUAAAAAAUCUGAACUUACAAUCAGGGACAGGCAUGGUCAUUUGUGGUCAAGAUAUCACUGUCGAAGACGUCACUGUGUGUUUACCAAUGAAUGAAAGCCAUGUUCCAAAAAAUGAUACUUGUGGAAUUAUUAUACAAGGAAACUGUAAUUCGAUUAAGAAUUGUUCCAUUCAGGGACACAAUAAAGGCAUCUUGGGGACAGGCGACAACAAUACUUUCGAUGCUAUUAAAAUCUCCAACUGUUCUCAGAAGGCAGUUAUUUCCAAAGGUUCAAAUUGUACCCUGAACAAUUUUGAGUGUUCAGAUUGUCCUAAUGGUUUGCUUUGGAUUGGGGGGAAUAACAACAUAAUUUCAGGAAUAUCUUACAAAAUAAGCCAACAAUUUGCAAAGCGUUACAAGUUUGGAGAGAUUUCUACGUGUACCGUGAUAACGAUAGGCAAUGGGGAAGAUAACUCAAUUUCGAAUUUCAAUAAUUUUGCAAAUCUUGGCGAAUACAAAUAUGGAUUGUAUGCAUCCAUAUACACCUCCAGACUUGAAAUAGUUGAUAGUUCUCUUGGAAAGUUAUAUUUAGAUGGAAAUGAGCAUAAUAUCAAAAACACUGCAGCAUUGGGUGGGGUGUCAAUAAUUGGUAACAAGUGCACAUUGACAACAGUAAACUGUGGGCCACGAUUGGAUAUAAUACAAGGGCGUUCCCAUGUAUUGACGAAAUGCUCCGCAGAUCAGUUUACGACGUAUGAUUGUUGCGAUGUUGAAAUCACUGAAUGUAAUUUUGAUUAAACAGUAAAGCUAAUAAAUCCUCAUCUCCACUGUGGUUUGACUUUAUCUCUACGUUGGUGAUAAAUGACAAAUGGUUGUAAAAAAUAAAUGUAUACUUGUGCAUAAUACAUAUCUGUUAAUGCACAAUACGAGAUAAACAUAUUGUUACUAAAUAUUAGUCAUGAAUGGCCCGGGAGGAUGUGCAUAUUCACACAUUAUCGUGUAAAUAAAUUACAACAACAAUCCGAAACACACAAAUUGUAGUUAUUUAAUCGUUAAAAUUGGCAUAUUAGCAAGUAGAUAGUACGAACUAGAAAUGAAAGCAAAGAAAAAUCAGGCCGUUGCCUUAAUUGAUGAAGAACCUCGACCUCGAACUUGGUAUCAAAGAUUUCGGCGAUAUUUAACUUUGGUGUGGUGCUGGCUAAAAGGGGUUGAUCCUCCGCCAAGUGACCUGCCUAAUCGGAAAAUUGAAAACACCGAACCAAUAGAUAAGAUUGACGACGAGACAUUUUCUGCCCUACUUCCGGUCCGAAUAAGAGAAACUGAACCAAAGUUUCAAUCUCAUUCUGCACCAUCCCCAUCAAGCGAGACUGAGGAUGAGAAAGUCGAUUUGCUAUUUGUGGGACUGAGCCGCACAGGAAUUAGCACAACUGCAAACAAAUUAUUUAACAUCACAGAGUCGGACGAUAUGGAAGAUGAUGACUUGGACAUUAUUGAAAUUGAUAAUUUCUCUUCAAACAAGAAGGCUGUAGACUUAAGGAUCAUAGAUAUUCCUGGAUUUUGCAAGGGCCGCACCAUAGAAGGAGAUGCCGAAUUGGUGUUUGGAAUCAAAUCCUACCUGAAGAGAUCAUUGCCAAAUAAAAUUCCAACUUUCGCAUUUAUAAUUACUAGCUUUGAAGAUGCCCGUUUCGACGGUGAAAGUUCAGAGUUUUGCAAGAUGCUCCUUGCGCUAAGCCACUGUCAAAUUCAUUGGACGGACUUUCGGCAUUCAAACGUUGUUCUGGUUCUUACGCAUGCCGGAAAAGUUAAAGAAGACGUCUCAAAGAAAAUUGCAAUAUUUCAAGAUGUAUUUCAUACCAUUUUUCAACAAGAAGAAAAUCAACCUGUGUGUUGCAUUGUGAUUGAAAAUAGUAUUCCGAAAAAGUGCGAUACAAAAGAUUUUAUUGAUGCGCUGCUAUUGACAAAGAAUCUAAACGCGUCAGAAAGUUUCAGGAGGCAUUUACAAAAAUUAAAAUUAUCUGAAAAAUACGCACCGGAUGGGAUAAAUAUUCAGCGGACAAAUGUUUCCAGUUUACUCCCACCCACCAAAAGACAAGUAUACGAAUUAAUGGAUACUUUGAUGCAAGGAAAACGUUAUGAUGAUAAUAUCCCCAAUGACAUGGAAAAAAAUACAUUAUUCAAAUUUUUUUCAUGUUAUCCAUCUUAUCAGCCAUGCCAUAAAGGUAGAAGCUGUGGGCAUGUACAUCAUACAACCAAACUUUUACCGCACAUGAAAUUGCUAAUGGCAGACGGAGUAACCGAACUACCAGUUUCUGAAAUUCGGGUGGGACACAAACUGUUCAGCAGGCUAAAGGAAAACCAUGUUACUGUAACGGCGGUUAAAAAGACACCAUCCACAAGAUCCAGGGUGUGUCCACAUGUUGGACUAUAUUUUUAUACCAAUUCAGAUUUCGAUGACGAAACCAAUAAUGAUGACAUGAUUUUCAAAUAUACUGGUCGUUCUAAAUUGAAAAGGGAAUUGAUUGAUCGCAACAGAAUCGCCAAUCAAAAUUAUGAACCACUUUUCGAGAUCGAAGUGAACCGAGGCCGUUGCCUGGAGGAUACGUUUAUGGUAGACGGAUACGUUGCAUUAGCAGCGAUUAGUCCGUCGAUAUUAAAAUUACAUUCUUGAUAUAUUAAAUAAGGUAGGAAAGAUUCGUAAUGCUUACUUAAUUUCAAAACUUUAUUCAGAAAAAUAAUACCUAAUACUUCAUUGAAUAAUAAGCUAACCUAAAAAUAUUCUCU